AUGGACGACGUGGACAGGGUCCUGUUUGUAUGUAGGGAACUCGAUGUGUACAAGAUCCCUCCCAGAACCGGAGCGGGUGGGCACAGGUCGGGCGAGUGGCGCGUGGACGACAAGAUCUUCACCGCCCGCUGCCGUGUCAUGGCGCGAGGGCAGGCCCUUGAGAUCCGACUGGAGGACACCACCACGGGGGAUGUGUUUGGAGUCUGCCCCGUCCCCAGGGGGCAACUACACCUGGUAGUGGAACCCGCGGCCGACUCCUCCCGAAACUUUGUCGUGCGUUUGGAGGACGCCGCCUCCAAGCGCCACGCCUUCGUGGGCAUCAACUUUGCAGAGCGCUCCACCGCUUUUGAUUUCUCGGUGGCGCUGAGCGACCACGAGAAGCAGCUGCAGCGUGCCGACAAGCUGCAACACAUCGAGGCGUCCGACGACCCGCUCGCCGCCGCGGCGAAGUCGCUGCCUGAGGCGGCGGCCCUGUACCAGAAGCAAGAUCUGGCGCUGGAGGAGGGCACCACCAUCAGGUUGGCGGUGCGCAGGCCAGAGGGUGGCGCGGCGGGCGGCUUCCUCUCUCGCCUGCCGGUCCAGGGAGGCGCCCUGGCCUCCCCCGGCAAGGGCAUCGGCCUGGCUGCCCCUCCCGCGCCCAGUAACGGUGCCUCCACGGCCCCUGCCGCGCCGCGCGCCUUCGAUCCCCCCCCCUCCGCCGCGCUGCAGGGCGCCCCAGUCCUCCCCCCUCCCGCGUCGGGCGGAGAGGCAGGCUGGGCGACUUUCGAUUGA